GAGCAGGACAACCAAGUGGGCGGAGCCUAGAAGUCUUCUUCCUGAUGAAUUGCUAUGAUGACAUAUCAAAGGGAGAUGACAUCAUCAGUAUCAGUGACACAGACACAGACACAUCGGAACCCUUGAGAAGCCAGUUCAGUUGUAUUCUGUUGCUUUAGACUAUCACUCAGAAAUCAGUUUCUUAUCCCUGUUGUGUGAUUUAAGAAGCAAUACUACCCGGGAAAGCUGUUAGUUUAACUUAUCGAGACUAAGGGCUUAAACAAAAUGUUCUCAAGUAUGAAAAUGAUGAACUCAACAUGGAACUUGAAGAAACAAGAGGAUUUUAGACAGUGUAAUGAAACCAUGUUUCUGGGAAAAACAUAUUUCCCUAAGCAAAUUGAAAGAGAAGACAGAUAUUGUGAAACACAGGUGCCAUAUUAUCGUGGUAUAGAAAUUGAUCCAGUGGGACAGACUGAGAUGUCUAGAAACCUGCAUCAGAAAUGUGUGGAGAAUGAGGGAAAAUGGAAAAAGGAAACUGAUCAACUCAAAGCACAAAAUCAUGAGUUGAGAAUGAGUCUUGACCAGGCCAAGCAGGAUAUUGAAGUAAUGAGAAGUCGAUUUUUUAGUUUGAUGAGCACUUUAGACGGUUAUAACAAAUGUGUGGAUCAAGUGACGACUGAAAGAACCAACAUGGUUUUAGAAGUUUAUAGCUUGAAAAGCGAAUAUGAAUCCGUGGCUGAUAAAAUUGAGAGGAUCAUAGCUUCUGCUGAUGCCAAGCUAGACAAAAAUAAAGACCAACUCAUCUGUGACUUAAGACGACAGCUGCAGUUAGCUAUGGGUCAAUUUGAUCAAAUAAACGCCUGGCCCUAUCAGGAAACACGACCUGCACUGCAAUCAGAUACAGUCCAGUUUAGUGGCAAUUGUAUCAGCGCUUUACAGAAUGCAGUUAUUGACAGUGAAAAUAAAAUUAGCAGACUAAAUGAGCUACUGAAGACGUAUACAAAAGAAAUUGAGCUAAAUUUACAGGUCAGUAAAGAGCGUAGCACAGCUGCGCAGAAAGACAGGGAACUUUCCACUCUCUUUGAACAGGUGGAAACCCUGAAGACAGAACUGGAAACCAUGAAAAACAAAGCACGGGAAACAGAGAAGGAGCUAAAACAAGCUAACGUUUCUGCUGAGGAAAAAGAUGAAUUGGUCAAUCAGGUUAUGAACAAACUGGGGGAAUUUAAAACGGACAUUUUUCGUCUGCAGUCAGCCUUCAAAGAGUUUUGUAGGUGGAAAAAUCAAAUUAGAUCUAGCAAUGACAAGACAGAGACCUGGUUCAGCGUAGUCGAGCACCUUGAGAUAAGAAUUAAGGACCUCGUUGAAGACAGUGAGGACAUGACCGUGUUUAAACAAAGGACUGCAUACGCGCCCAAACUCCACAAACCUUUGACGGAUUUGAGUCACAUGAAAGAGAGGUCUCUAGAAAUGGGGUGUGGAAUUAAAAACACAACAAAAAUAAAUGAUGAGGAGAAAAUCAAACUGCAGGAAUUGAAAGACAAAGAAAGAUUGAAAGAGUUGCAGAACUCUGAAGCCGCUCUUCAUAAAGAGGUAUCAGAUCUUCAGGACAAGUGUUCGCAGUACGAUGAAAAAAUCGCAAGCCUUAGAGGAAACAUUGAAAAGGUUGAGCGUGAGAAAAUUUGUGCCGAGACAUUUUCUGAGGAGCUGAAGCAGAAAAAUCAAGAACUGCAGGCUUUAGUAAACUCUUUGAAAGACAGAUGCCAAAAACAGAAAGAGAAGAUUGAAGGCAUGCAAGAAUCUCACCUGCAGGAAACAAAGAGACAGCAGCUGGAGAUCAAACAGCUAACCGACUCCUUAGAGAAAAAAGAAUCCGCCAUCCAAGAGUGGCAGAACAAACUUGGUCAAACUAUGGUGGGACACGAGGAGGUCAAACAGAAACACGAAAAAGAACUGGCACAGCUGGCAUCUGACUCAAAGAAAGAAACCAAGAAAUACAUUGAUGAAAUAUGUCAGUUGAAGGAAAAAAUUGAAGAACUUGAAAGCAUGACAUUUCAAGAUUUCAGGCCAGACAAUGACAUAGCAGAAAGGUUGGAAGAACUGACCGUAGAGCUCCUGAUUAGCCAGGAAGCGCGGCGACGCAUCCAGGAAGAAAAAGACAAGCUACAGAAGGAAUGUGAGGAGCUUAAAGAACAAAUCGAGCAACUAAGUGCUGAUAAUAAGAUGUCAGGCUCCAAAGAUUCAUUAUCAAAGACAUAUUCUGAUUGUACAUCUCCCAGAGUGAGAAAAAUGAGCAAAUCAUCAAUGCCCAUCACACCUGGGAAAAUUUCUCCCAAAGAUCAAGCUAACAAACGGAAAGACUAUGAAUUAUUGAUACCGGAUCUUGGAUUCACUGAUGUGGUCAGAAAAGAUGCUCCAUGCUCGUCAGGCUCAGAUGACAAACUGAGCUUAUUUAAAAAGGGAAUGACUUCUACAUUUGAACGUGAAAAUAAGUUUUCUAAAGAAAUUAGUGAAGAACCACAAUCAGGCUCUGAGAAUGAACGUGCAAAAGGUUGUUCUCAAGAACUAAGUGAAGAGCUGAGGUCAGACUUUGAUUAUGAACUUACAAAAAAGAUUUCUGAAGAAACGAGUGAAGACGCUGAUGAUGAUGAUGAUGAUGAUGAUGAUGAUGAUGAUGAGUUAUUGAUUACAGAAUAUGAAUAUGAAUAUUCAGAUAGUUUCAUUGAUGAUGAAACUAGUGAGGAACCAUGGUCACCUGAACCUGUAAAACGUGUUUCAAAAAAAUUUAUUGAAGAACCGCAGUCAGGCUCUGACAGCGAACGCAAGAAAAGGUUUUCCGAGUACGAACUUAGUAAAGAACCGCAGUCAGGCUCUGACGGAGAAUGCAAGAAAAGGUUUUCCAAAUACAAGCUCAGUAAAGAACCGCAGUCAGACUCUAGUGAAGAACCACAAUCAGGCUCUGACAGCAAAUGCAAGAAAAGGUUUUCCAAGUGCAAACUUAGUGACGAACCACAGUCAGGCUCUAGUGACGAACCACUGUCAGGCUCUGACAGCAAAUGCAAGAAAAGGUUUUCCAAGUGCAAACUUAGUGACGAACCACAGUCAGGCUCUAGUGAAGAACCACAGUCAGGCUCUGACAGCAAAUGCAAGAAAAGGUUUUCCAAGUGCAAACUUAGUGACGAACCACAGUCAGGCUCUAGUGACGAACCACUGUCAGGCUCUGAGAAUGAACGUGCAAAAGGUUGUUCUCAAGAACUAAGUGAAGAGCUGAGGUCAGACUUUGAUUAUGAACUUACAAAAAAGAUUUCUGAAGAAACGAGUGAAGACGCUGAUGAUGAUGAUGAUGAUGAUGAUGAUGAUGAUGAGUUAUUGAUUACAGAAUCUGAUUAUGAAUAUUCAGAUAGUUUCAUUGAUGAUGAAACUAGUGAGGAACCAUGGUCACCUGAACCUGUAAAACGUGUUUCAAAAAAAAUUAUUGAAGAACCACAGUCAGGCUCUGACAGCGAACGCAAGAAAAGGUUUUCCGAGUACGAACUUAGUAAAGAACCGCAGUCAGGCUCUGACGGAGAAUGCAAGAAAAGGUUUUCCAAAUACAAGCUCAGUAAAGAACCGCAGUCAGACUCUAGUGAAGAACCACAAUCAGGCUCUGACAGCAAAUGCAAGAAAAGGUUUUCCAAGUGCAAACUUAGUGACGAACCACAGUCAGGCUCUAGUGACGAACCACAGUCAGGCUCUGACAGCAAAUGCAAGAAAAGGUUUUCCAAGUGCAAACUUAGUGACGAACCACAGUCAGGCUCUAGUGACGAACCACUGUCAGGCUCUGGGGGUGAACUUGAAGAAAGUUUUGUAGCUCAAACUUAUCCUGGGGUAAACAAACGCCAGGAAAUACCCUUUAAAUGGCUGGCUCCACUGAAGAAGGACACAUCUCCAAAAGAGUCUAAAAAUGAAAAUAAUUAUUCAACAGAAAGUAAAUCUUCCAUUGAUAAAUCUGGCAAAUUGAACAAUAAGAAACCAAUGCUGGAAGUUGGCAGUUGUUCUAAUGAUGUCGUGAGUAAAAAAACACGCUCACCACCACCUCUCAAGCUCCAACUGGGAAAGACUACUCUGCGUCCAGUCAAAGCGAGACCUAUUGAGCACGGGUCAAAUGCCACCAAAGUGCUUUCCCCUGUUUCUCUUUCUAUCCUUCCUUCACUUUCUACAAAACCUACAUCUCCUCUUUCUAGGACAUCCACGUUACCUCCUCUGUCUGAGAGAUCCACACCUUCCCAUUCUAGACAACCCACGUCUCCUCCGCUGUCUGAGGAAACCACACCUUCCUAUUUUGGAAGCCCCACGUCUCCUCCCCUGUUUGAGAUACUCAUGCCUCCCCAUUCAAAAAAAUCUACACGUCCUUCUCUUUAUAGAAAUCCCUAGCCUGUAUUAUACGAAACCAAAACCUGCCAUUUAAAUGGCCGCCGUCGUCGUCUUCCUCCGCUUAUCCGGGUCCGGGUCGCGGGGGCAGCAUCCCAACUAGGGCGCUCCAGACUGUCCUCUCCCCGGCCACCUCCACCAGCUCCUCCGGCAGGACCCCAAGGCGUUCCCGGACCAGAUUGGAGAUAUCCAAUCCAAUCCAAUCCAAUUUUAUUUAUAUAGCACAUUUAAAAACAGCAUGUCAGCUGACCAAAGCACUGCACAGAGUUAAACCUAAAAAGCCAUUUAAAAUACACAUACACAUUAAA